GCCGGAGAACCGCAUGCCGGAAGUUGACAGUGGCUGAGGAUAGUGACUCCUGAAAGUCACCGGUAAACGAACGGAGAGAGAUUUACCGGGGCGGGUCGGUGUCUAAAGAGCUAACGGAACUCCAGCGGGUGUGAACCAUGGUUUAGGGACGUUACAGAGCAGCUCCGGUUUUCUUUUAGUAGUAAAAUAAGAAGUACAGUGCUUUUACGGUGCUAGCAGACGAGCUUGUAGCGGUGAACAGCGGUUGCAUCAGUUUUUCUGACUCAACCAAAGCAGCUCUGACAGAAACAGGUUCCAUUUAAAUCUAGAACGAUGGCAGCGAAUCUGAGUAGAAUAUUCAGGGGCUUCCAGAGCCUCCGUUCAACCUCAUUCAUGAAGACUCAACUCAUCCAUCCGCCUGUCAGCUGCUCAUUCAGGACCAGCUCUGUUUGCUCCAUACUGUCGCUGCCGUUGCCUUUUACCUCCAAGUCGCGGGACUUCAGCCUGCCGAACUCGUCGUGGAACUCCGAGAUGAAGCGACUGUACGAACAUUACAACAGCCAGUGUGAGGUGGAGUCGGAGGAUGGAGAGAAGCAGAAGGGGCUGUGGAGGAGGCUGCCGAGCUACAACCGAACUCUGAAGUACGCUUCAGGUGGCGUUUACCUCAGCAAGCUCAUCCAGUCAAAAGCUCGUCUUUUCACCAGAAACAUCAAGGAGCAGGGGGCAGCGUUCGAGUACGUUCUGUUUAACAACGAGGAGGAGCAGAGGUGUGUGUGCAUCUUCCAGGCUGGACAUCUGCUGGAGGGACCACCGGGAAACGUCCACGGGGGGGCGAUAGCCACAAUGAUUGAUACCGUGACGGGAAUUCAUGCGACUCUUCUGUCUGGAACCGUGAUGACAGCAAACCUCAACAUCAACUACCGCAGCCCGAUCCCUCUGGGAGGAACAGUGCAGAUCGAAUCCUCUCUGGACAGGAAGGAAGGAAGGAAAACCUUCAUGUCCUGCAGAGUGACGUCCACCGACGGCUCCAAGCUGCAUACGGAAGCAACAGCUCUGUUCGUGUCCAUCAACGUGAGCACGAUGCUGCUGGGAUGACGACGACGACAAAUCGCCCAAUUAAACGCCAAGAAGUGUGUGUGUGAGUGUGUCUGAAUGUGUGAGUGUCACUGGGGGAGUAGAGGAAGACAAGCACUCCUCUUAAAAUCAUAGAAUUUUAUCCUGUAUUCAUAUUAAUCUGUCCUCGCUAACAUCUCCGUCUGGUCCUUUCGCUCGUCUACCUCUUCUUACUGUUACUAACAUGAACAUAUCUAAACCUUAUUUAUUGAGUUCAAGGUUAUUUAUUUAUAGGUAUAACUUUGGCAGUAUUAAUGGUUUUAUGUUACUCUGGGGCCUUGAAGUGGAGUUUUUUUUUUUUUAAAUGACUUGUACUUAAAUAUUUACUUUCAUCAAAUAAUUAUUGACAAUUUGUUUGUUUGUCAGCAAAUAAAAGAGGUUUGCAACGGGAAAUAUAACUGCAUUGGUCUUCU